CUCUAACCCUCUCCUGCCUCCAUUCUCCUCAGCUGCUCUGCUCUUUAUCUUUUUAUCUCCAAACUUCAUUUCUCUAUUCCCAAGGUGAUGGAUCUCCUCUAGCCUUCCCCUCACCUCUCUCCUCUCUUCACUUUUCGAGUAAUCACGCUUCUCAUCUUACGUUCUUACUUAGGCAUGCUUCAUUUCAAUUUCAUCCCUCUGAAAAUCUUAACGGAAGUAAACGACGAAAAGGCAGAGAAUAUCUCUGUUUCUUAUUAAGUGCUUUUUGUUCGUGGGCAUUUCCUCCCAUUCCCAUUACGAUCUCAUUCAGGCUAGAAUCUUCGAAAUCUUAAGUUAUCCGCUGAUUCACCUGUCUUCUUCUAUGAGCGGUUUUUAUCAUCCAUUCGUAUAACCUCCGGCAGAUCAUCGAAUUUGACCAAGCAAGAAAGACUCCAUUUUCGACAUUGAAGUGUGAACAGGGUCACAGAAUUUUGACCAUUCUUGGCUUGCCAUCUCAGAGGUUUGUGAGAUCCAUAGUGGAAAAGAAUCGAAGUAACUUGACUUCAAUUUCAUAGGAUCAAAUGUCUUGUUUGUGGAGUUGAUCAAAUGGGGUGUUGCGUAUCCACAAGCAGUCGAAGUACUUGUAGUAGUAAGAGCAAUGGCGACACGAUCUCUCCAUCUUGUUUGGAAGUAGGUUUCUGCGGGCAAAAGAGAACAAGGAGAACGUUCUCUGAUCAUGUCAUUGCUCUUCAGAAUCUGCCGUCCCUACCGAAUCGAAUUUUCACCAAUGGAAAGAGCCGGACUUCUUGCAUAUUCACACAACAAGGCAAAAAGGGUAUCAAUCAGGAUGCCAUGAUUGUAUGGGAAGACUUUAUCUCUGAGGAUGCUAUUUUUUGUGGUGUCUUUGAUGGCCAUGGUCCAUAUGGUCAUGUUGUUGCGCGCAAUGUGAGGGAUACCUUGCCAGUAAAACUACUUUCAUUUCUGCACUCUUGUGAAUCAAAGAGAAAUGGAUCUGGCUCAGGCAAAGCUUGCUUCAAGGGGAAUACUGAUGAUGGAGUCUGUGAGAAGGAUUGUUCGGCCGAGGAUGUAGUGAAUUCUGUCUGGAGAGAAGCUUUCAUGAAGGCUUAUAAGGCAAUGGACAAAGAACUUAGGUCCCAUCCAAAUUUGGACUGCUUCUGUAGUGGGAGCACGGCUGUCACUAUAGUGAAGCAGGGUUCAAAUCUGUUCAUGGGAAACAUUGGGGAUUCUCGAGCAAUCAUGGGAUCCAAAGACACCAAUGAUUCCAUGGUGGCCAUUCAGUUAACUGUUGAUUUGAAGCCUGAUUUGCCAAGGGAAGCAGAAAGGAUUAAACGGUGCAAAGGCAGAGUAUUUGCAUUGCAGGAUGAGCCUGAGGUUCCCAGAGUGUGGUUGCCUUUCGAUGACGCGCCCGGAUUAGCCAUGGCUCGGGCAUUUGGAGACUUCUGCUUGAAGGAGUAUGGUGUGAUUUCCAUACCUGAGUUUUCUUAUAGGCUGCUUACCGACAAAGAUCAGUUCAUCGUUCUUGCCUCUGAUGGGGUGUGGGAUGUGUUAAGCAAUGAAGAGGUGGUUGAGAUAGUAGCUUCAGCACCGACUCGUUCGUCUGCUGCAAGGAUUCUCGUGGAUUCUGCAGCUCGGGAGUGGAAGCUUAAGUAUCCAACGUCAAAGAUGGAUGACUGUGCUGUUGUGUGCCUGUUUUUGGAUGGGAAGAUGGACUCAGAAUCUGAUUAUGAUGAGCCCGGCUUUUCUUCAGCAACCAUCCAGAGCAACCAUUCUGGCAAUCCGGUUGAAUCAGAUGACGGCCAGAAGUCCGAGCCUUCUCUGCACCGGAACUUCACCGUGAGAUCUGCCGAUGAAAACGAGACGUAUGGAGGACUGCCGGUGGACGUGGAAGAUGGAACAAUGUCAUCAGUGGAAGAUCAGAACUGGUCAGGUUUGGAAGGUGUGACCCGUGUAAAUUCACUGGUUCAGCUUCCUCGAUUUUCUGAGGAAAGGCCAAACACUUGA